CGCGGCCGGCCUCCCGCUCCGCCAGGGCUAAGCCAGUUCCUUUCUCUAGUAGCAGUCGCCAUGUCCGAGACGGCGCCGGCCGCCCAAGCCGCUCCGGCGGCCGCCCCUGAGAAGCCUUCCGCUGGCAAGAAGGCGAAGAAGCCCGCCAAGACGGCGGCCGCCGCCAAGAAGAAGCCUGCUGGCCCCUCCGUGUCCGAGCUCAUCGUCCAGGCCGUGUCCUCCUCCAAGGAGCGCAGCGGCGUGUCCCUGGCCGCGCUCAAGAAGGCGCUGGCGGCCGCCGGCUACGACGUGGAGAAGAACAACAGCCGCAUCAAGCUGGGCCUCAAGAGCCUUGUGAGCAAGGGCACCCUGGUGCAGACCAAGGGCACCGGCGCCUCCGGCUCCUUCAAGCUCAACAAGAAGGCGGCCUCCGGGGAAGCCAAGCCCAGCACCGCAAAAUUGGCAGCCAAGGCCAAGUCCUCGGGCUCUUCCAAGAAGCCCAAAAAGCCCGCAGGGGCCGCGGUUAAGAGGAAUGUUAAGACUCCGAAGAAGGCAAAAAAGCCCGCGAUGGCCAAGAAGCCAUCCAAGAGCCCUAAGAAGCCUAAGGUCGUGAAGCCAAAGAAGGUAGCCAGGAGCCCUGCCAAGGCCAAGGCGGUGAAGCCCAAGGCGGCCAAGGCGAAGGUGACCAAGCCAAAGACUGCGGCCAAGCCCAAGAAGGCAGCCCCCAAGAAAAAGUGAAAAUCCUGCUGGAAACUUUCCAGCUACCCAACGGCUCUUUUAAGAGCCACCUACGUGAUUCAGGAAAAGAGCUUGAUACCGUUUCCAUAGUUGACACCAACCUAAGUUGUCACAUUGAAACAUGAAGACAAGUUUUGGAAGUAAGAUGGUUGGGUUAUGAGGGCUUUAGCCUAAUUGGUUCAUGAAGCCCCUUAUAGGGAUUAGCUGCGCAGUAACCCUAAGAAGGCAGGGUGUGGCUGGAGGUGGGUGUGAGUAUGUUUGGUCCUGGGUGGGAGACGCUCUUCACCCUCCCCUCGACCUUCAGUCUAGCCUCCAGGAGUGAAGCCCUCUGUCUGGACUAGACUCAAACUGAGCUCCAAAUAGACUUUCCGGACUUUUCAAGUUGUUUUUUUGUUGUUGUUAAGCUGUCUUGGUCACAACAGUGAAAAACACUCAUUACCUGUGUUGUGCUUUUUAUUUCCUGUGAUGUAUUUCCCAUUUGUAUGCAAAAGCUUGUAUUGGGUAUGUGGGUUUUUUAAAAUAUUGUUAAUAAUAAAUUUGUCUUAUGGCUUCAAAGUUUCCAGUUUGGGUUAAGAAAUUAUACACUACUACUCUUGAGUUUGCAGUCUUUCUACAUUUUCUUUAUAAAGUUUUUUGUUGUUGUUUGUUUUAUCUUAAAAAAGAAAAAUUGUCUCUAAUCCAACUAGAAUUUAUAUUGUGAACACAGAAUCUGAGUUACAUUCUCCCAGAAGGAUGGGCAGCUCUUUCAACCCCAUUUAUUAAAUACUUCAUCCAUUUUCCCAAUAAACUGAAAUAAAAUAUCUUAUUUAUAAUUUAUUAUUUACAUAAUAGAAUUUUUUUUUUCUCCUGAACUCCAUGUACUUGUCUUAAUUUUAUUCCUAAUUCAUUUAUAAGUUUGUUGUUGUUGUUUUAAUGUAAGAGUUCUUGCUUUCUUAGAUCUCACUGCUGGGAGGGAAAAAGUGUGCUGAUAUUUUGUAUCCAGCUCUUUUGCCAAUUUCUGAAAUUCUACUUUUUUUCUUUUCUCUUCAAAAUAAAACCCCUAUGGAUGUCUCAUAGUUAAUAACAAAAUAAAUCUAUCCUUUUUCGUUUUCCUCAAUGUGAACAUCAUGAAAUUUUAUUUUUACAA